AUGGCGGCAGAAGAGAGAGAACCUGCUGACGGACACGGGGAGGGAUUCUACGCCCGUGUCCCGCUCCGCUCGCGGUGUCCUUUGGUGCCGGAUCUUGCUGGGGUCACGAAGUUGCCGUAUUAUUGGGGGGAUCUGGACCGGCACCAGGCCGAAGCUCUGCUGCAGGGAAGCGCGGACGGCACUUUCCUUCUCAGGAACUCGGCUCUGGACGGCUGCAGCUUCGCUGUCACUUUCCGCCGGCUGGGGCUCUCUCUCCACAUUCGCGUCCAGCACCGGGACGGCCACUUCAGUUUCCACCGGGGCGGCUUCAGGGCGGCUUCUGUGCCCGAUCUCCUUCAACAUUACAAUGACCCGAAAUUCUGCACCUUCUUUGAGCCGCUUCUUUCCCGUCCCCACAUCCGAAACGCCCCCCUGAGUCUGCAGGAGCUGUGCCGGGCGGCACUCAACGGCAGCCUGACGUAUGACGGUAUCGAGGAUCUGCCCUUGCCCCGAGCCAUGAGGAGUUACCUGCGGCGCUGUCACUACAAGUAG